AUGGUUGGAAAACAACCAAAUGACACAGAACUGAAUGAUUUCAACGAGUUGAUAGGAGAUUUCCUCAGUUCAAUCCUUGACCAUAUGGAAAUACCACAUCACCUGAUAUUCAACUGCAAUUUGGCCAAAAACAGAGAAUCGAUUCACAAUCCUCGUAAGAGCUUCGGAGUUUCACAAGUAACUAAGAUAGAAGGCGAUGGUAUCUUUAACAUAACCACUCUCGCUGAACUCUUCACAGAUGUGGCUAGAGAAGUCAUAGUGGGGAUUGAAAAGGUAAGGGUUCUAAAAGGGUUUGAUUGGUUGUAA